GUGAGCACUCUGGCACCGAAGGAAAUAGCGGCCAGUGUAGCGAAGACCAAAUCUGAAAAGAAGGCCGGAGGUGGAGCGGGCGGAAAGCGGCGAUAAAUAGCGCGAGAGCACUUUCCACCCCCUGACGGAGCGAUCAUGUCCCACAAGAAGCUCAAGGGCGGUCACAUGGCCAUCAUCGAGAACUGGUACCAUCAGAUACCGGCCUUCACGGACGUGUUCACUGAGGAAAGCUUCUACAUGUUCGUCGUCUGUUUCGUGCUGGCCACUAUCGCCGUCGUAUUUGUAUUGUCCCGGUUUAUAACGCUCAAGCCCGUCGAUUAGUGCUGUUAUGGUGAUUUCUGAUAGGAAUUAGGGAUGAAUGUUGAUUUAUAAAAGUAGCUCUUGAUAAAGCAAGACC